GUCGUCGAUCUUUCAUUUUUGCAGCCUCAAAAGCCUCGAUGCGAAUACGUGUGCGGGAAAAACUGAAAGCAACAAACCGAUUUCUCGGCUGGUACGGUUCGCGGAUAUCGUAACAGCCCUGGCGGUCAUCGGCCGUGAGUGUACUGCUGCGGCCGGACAGAUGGAUAAGUCCAAGUCCACCGCAACACGCGCCACCGUAUCCGGCGGUGGAGGUCGCGUUAAACCGGACAAACAAUCACGCAAGGAUAAGAAGGAUAAGGCCGGCAAGUCGGGUGGUUCGAAUAAGCGCAACAAAAAGAACAAGAAAGAUAGCCCACAACCCAUGACCCGGGUGGUCAUUCGCCGCCUGCCACCGACAAUGACGGAAGCGGUGUUCUGCGAACAGAUAUCGACGGAUGGGAAGCUGCCGAACAAUGACGAGUUUUACUUUGUUGGGCCCGACUGGACACUGGGACAUAAUGCAUCCUGCCGGGCGUACAUUAACUUUACCAAUCCGGAGGACGUCUUCCGGUUUACCGAUAGUUACGAUGGGUAUACGUUUGUCGACGCCAAGGGUAUGGAACAUCAGGCCGUGGUGGAGUAUGCGCCAUUUCAGAAACUGUCCAAAACUCGAUCUCGCCGUAAGGAUCCCAAAUGUAACACGAUCGAAACCGACACACACUUCCUUGCGUUUCAAGAAACCUUAGCAGCGGAAGAGCAGGAAGCGUUGCACGGGCGGGGAACGCAAGAGUUCAGCUUUAAGAUAGAGCAAGAGGAGAAAACCACGACAACACCUUUGCUUGAGUUCAUCGCACAAAGGAAGCAAGAGAAGCGCGACGAAAAGCGACGAAAGCAGGAGGAAAAACGCCGAAUGCGCGAAGAGGAAAGGCACAUGCGAAAGACGCAGAUAGCCAAAGCGAUGCCGGACGUCAUCCGUGAAGAAGUGAUUUCUGAAAUUAUUGAAAGGACGGUUUUGUCACGUCCGUCAAAUCCGGCGCAAAAUGCAUCAAAACCAGGCGGAAAUUUCACCGCCAAAGGUGGUGGACCGGAAGGAAAGUUUAAGGAUGACAACAAGGAUAAAAAGUCGAAGAAUAAGAAGGAUAAGGAGCGUAAUCGAGAUAAGAAGGGCGAGGAUACGAAAGUGUUGCUGGAAGCAGGAAAAUUGGAUGGCGAUAAAAAUGCAACCGGCAGAAAGCAACAAGAGCGCGAUAAGGUUGGCAAGAAGUCGAAAGAAAAACCAAUCCGGGAUGAGCCCCGAUUCAGAGAGCAGAACCAGCAACAGGCACAGAAAGGAGAGCGAAAUGAUAAAUCGAAGAAGGAAAAAGCACCGAACGGCGCUUCGGGUGGAAACGGCGAGCAAGCGUCCACGUCCAAAGCCAACAUAAGUGCGCCCUCGAACGAUGGUUGUAGUAAAAAGGAGGUAAAGAAGUACAGCGAACGACGCAAAGAAACGCGUGCUCGUGCUGAAACACGAUUCGCUGAGCAGGACACCAACAACGAUCCAAAUUCCGCCAAAGACGCUCGUCCGCCGGCCGCCGAAAAGGUGAUGGAAGUGAAGAAAAGCAUACUCACCGCCAACGUACCACCGUUCAUACCGAAGGAGAAAACGACAAUUAUGCUGGCCGGACACACGUCCACGGUGACGAACGUUCCCGUCGAUCAGAAGCUGGCUGAAAAGAUGGCGAAAGUUUCGCUGACGGACAACGGCAAAAAGUCACCGUCGCCCGAUGGUUCAGCAUCGGGGACAAAGGUCAAGCUGUCCGAAAAGCAGAAAGAAUUGCGUGAAGCACGGAAAAUUCGGAAUAAGGAUCGUCCAUCGAUUGUAAUAUAUCAGCCCCGCAAGAGGAUAGUGUCGGGCGGAACGGGCAAAAGUGAGGACGAUCGUGGCCGAAGCGAUUCCGAUCGUCCCUCGGACAAUGUUUCGGCCUCGGCGUCGGCAGGGGCGGCCGCUGAGUCGGGCGAGGGUGUGAAAGAGCGCCGACAUAAGCUAACGAAGAAAGCGUCCGAUCGACAGCAGCGGGAACGAAAGAACGGUAGAAAGAACUCGAUGGAGGUGGAUAGUAGCAAGGAAACAGGCGCAAGCAGUGUACAGUAGGUUGAGCUUUUGCAUCUGUUGAAUCGAUGCGUACCGCAUAGAACCUGCCAACUCGCAAAAGGGUCCGGAAAUGUAUCCGAUAGUUGGAGCAAACCCGAUGCUACGCUGAAUGUAGAUGGAAUACGGCUACGGUACGGCUAUUAGAAACCCUUUUCCCUUUUUGCUGAUAGUGUUUCUGUCAUGCGACGCGAUGAAAUGAAAUAAAAUGGAACGCGUGAACUGUGUUCUGAAUUGUAUCGCGUUUAAAAAUGGUGUUUCCGUUUUUCAUCGAAAGCAAUCCCUAUUUACUGUCACGAUAGAACGGUUAAAAGGUUGUCCAUGUCCACGAAAGAAGGGAUCGAGAUCUAAAACCCGUUGGAGGUGAGAUUUAAAGGCAGCAACCAUGCACUGAACAACUUGGCAAGGAUACAAGCAGGACAGA